AUGGCGAUAGUGGAAGACAUUGAAGUGACGAGCCCCAAUCAACAAACAGCUAAGGAUGGUGCUACUGAUUCUCAUAUCAGUGCCAAGGUUCGAGGUGCUGAAUUGUUCAAAAAGGGUGAUAUAGACGGAGCGAUUGACGCCUGGUUCAGUGGUUUAAGGGCAUUGGAGUUUAUCCUUGACAAAAAAGGUGAACUCAAACGUGACUCUACAUCUAAUGAAGAUUUCCUGGAAAAAUGGAAAAUUUUCGUUAAUACGUAUGUAGACUUGUCAUCGAACAUGUCACUGGCAUUGCUGAAGAAAGGGGACUAUCGGGGAUGUGUCAAGUACUGUCAACAAGCACUGAAAUAUGACAAGAGUAACCUCAAGGCAUUUCUCAGGAUCACGCAAGCCCAUGCAGAGCUCGGCCAAUUUGGUAAGGCACUUGAAUAUUGCAAUGAAGGUAUCAACUUAAACCCCGAAAAUGUGGAGCUGAAAAUCCUGAAGAAAAAGGUUUUGACACAAUCAAAGGCACAGGAUGAAAGCCAAAAGUUGGUCAUGCAAAAAAUUUUCAAGACCAUGGAGCACGAUCCGAGAUCUGUGGACGGCCCGCGUGAGUCUAUUAUGUCCAAGGUGCUGUGGAAAACGGCCAAGGGACUGUGGGUGGUCCUCUCACCGGUACUUAGGUUCACGUUUAGAUUCUUAAAAGUAGUUUUUGAAAAACAUGUGCUGACCCAAUUUAGGUAG